CAACUACCAAGCUACCAGGCUCUCGUUACUUAAAAUCCAUGCCACACGCCUCAUCAAAUUGAACCAGCAAAAUGGACCUAGCUGUUACAGAUACCAACGACUCGCUCUGCAAUGCCGCAAACUCCGCAGCUACGUUACCGACGUUCCGCGAGGAUGGCAGAGCGCACCUUCUCCUUGCUGCGAGCGGAUCCGUUGCCACCAUCAAAAUCCCGGAAAUUGCAAAUUCCCUUUCACGUCAUAAAGACAAGUUAUCUAUUAGGAUUAUCCUAACCCAAUCGGCCAAGAACUUCCUGGCCGGCCAAUCCGAGGAACAGCCUUCUGUAUCCUCGCUGAUGAAUAUUCCAUGUGUCGAAGCUGUAUAUGACGACGCUUCCGAAUGGGGCCCAGAGCCAUGGCGGCGAGGAGCCCCAAUCCUUCAUAUAGAAGCGCGUAAAUGGUCCGACUUGCUCGUUAUUUGUCCUUUAGAUGCCAACACAUUAGCAAAAAUUGUGAAUGGCAUUUGUGAUAAUCUAUUAACCAGCGUGGUUCGGGCCUGGGAUACGGAUGGGACUGUUGAUGGGAAAAGGAAAUCUAUCAUCGUGGCUCCUGCGAUGAAUACUGCGAUGUGGCACCAUCCUAUUACGGCGAAGCAAAUCCGAAUGCUCGAGGAUGAUUGGGGUGUCCAGAAGGGUGAGGAAGAAAACGGCUGGUUUGAAGUGUUACGGCCUCAAGAGCGUCUGCUGAUGUGUGGCGAUACGGGCAAUGGUGCGAUGCGUGAGUGGCAGUCAAUUGUCGGUAUAAUUGAGGAACGCCUAGGACUUUGAUAUGCAUGAUUCGAUGAUUGGAAUAUAACUUGAACUGUCUCCGCUAGAAGUCGUGAAUACAUUCUUGCAAUCCUUCGCAUCGGCAAGAGAGAUUGAUAAGAGCUCUAAUCAUAUCAAUUAGCAUGAGGGUAUCCGGACCAGCUCGAUGGGCCUGUUGGUAAAGCAUGGAGGCGGG